AUGGGUACUCCAUCUUCAUUGCCCGCAAACCCUAACCCCAGCCCCAGUCCACCACUACCCCAAUCACCGCCACCACAAACGCCGCCAUUACCACAAUCACCACCACCCCAGUCACCGCCACCACCCCCAAGCCAAAUACCACCUCUCAUUCCGCCGACUCCCCUCUCGCCGCAAUCUGAGCCACAACAUGAAACGCCAAUUCCCGAUUCCCAUUCCCCAAAACCAGCGCCUGAACCUGUGCCUACUCAAACGAAAACCCAAGGCAAAACAAAAAAGGCUGCAAGUAAACCUAAGAAAACCCCUGUCGGAAAACGGAAACGAGUACCCUCUGUUCCUUUCGACCUGAAUUCACCACCUCAGCCGUCCUCUGAACCAGUUAGCAAAAGGACCAGGUCUUCCUCACAAACUCCAGCACCAGUGACCCAAACACCGAUAACUCAGUCUCCCUUACACUCUCCAGCACCUGCGUCAUCUGCAGAUACUAUAGAGGAGGUAAUUUCUCCAUUACCUUGGGCUUUUAGGGAUAUGGAUAUGAAAAAGGCAUAUGAGAAAUUACUUUCUAAAACUAUUUUGGCAAACAAGUAUAUGGAUGAGCAGAUUUUGAAAGAAUUAGGCAUUUAUGAUUCUGUCUUUGCCUAUUUGGAUGUUGUUAGCUGGACUGAUUUUGCUAAAAUUAGGGAACCAGUGUACAAGGAUCUAACCCUCGAAUUUUUGAGUUCCCUAAGGUUGAGUUUCAAACCAACAGAUUUGGGGUAUAAAAGCAUUGAGUGGCAGCAAACUGUUUAUGACCCUGUUCAAUUCUGGAAGGACAUUGCACCUUUUGGGGUUUCUGGGGAAUCAUAUAUAGAUAGCACAAUGUUGCUGCAUAUGGAUGUUUGUGAGAAAAUAGGCCAUACCUAUACUUUGUUACAGCAGCAUCCUGAUACCCCAGGUACUGCAGACCCCACCACUUUUGCACCAGCAGAACCACAACCAACCUCUACCCCACAGUUUUAUUGGACAUUUUAUCCAUCUUAA